AUGUAUGGGACCUAUAGAGAUACUUCACACCGUAACCCACCUCCUUUUGAAUAUUGCACGUGCAGAUGUAACGUACACUUUGACCAAUAUUCAACCUUCAGCCGCCCUUAUUCAGCACAUCUAACAAAUACGACGCAUACCUCAACACAUUCAAGCAAUACACACUAUAACAAGGACAUGGCCCAUACCACUCACAGAGAAGUCACAAUUGGCAAAGAGCACAACGCAGAUUUUGGAGAUGUAACAUACGCCAACGCGGCCAUGAGGGCACGAGACUCGCCAGUGCUGAGUGAAGGAACGGAUCUUACGAACUGCGAGGGCGCGACUGACUCAGGAGAGUAUCUGGAGCGCCUGCACUGCUCGUCCUGCGACAAGCCACUACUGAUGUACACCAAUUUAGAUUUUAAGCUCUUCGAUAACUGGGUAAAUUACGUAUUCUACCACAAAGCGUUUUCCCCGUCGAUACACUCAGGAACAUCAUACGAGCAGGAGGCGUUGAACACAGCGAGUGGCGCAAAUGAGGGAGCCUUUGAGGAAGGGGGAACGACGUUUGAAGGAAAGCAGCAAACAGAAUACGUAGAUGAAGGUGAAAACGAGUACGAGGAGGGAGGUUACGCACCAAUAGCAUACGAAAACGAAAAUCUGAGAUCAAUCGGAGACAUCGCAGGGUCGAUACUGAUGUCAAGCGAGGAGACGCUCUUCUCGAUCAUUAACGCAAUAUCGCCAGGAGAACAAUGCACAAGCGAGAAGAAUCAGCUGUUCGACAGCGUCAAAAGGUUCCUGCAGUACUGCCUCGGAGAGGACACGAUAGUACACCUGACGGGCUCUACGGCGUACGACAUCGACAUCGACUACUCUGAGGGGUCGAGCGCACACUGCAACUCGGACCUGGACAUAGUGCUCCUGAGUAACGCGUUCGGAGGAGACCCCCGAGUGAUACUGCAGAAGGUGUACAACGAGCUGAGUAACAUGCAGCACGUGCUCAAGGAACGCAACAAGUGCCCGAUCUGGGUGCUGGCAGACUCGAACAUCAAGCUGGUGGAAACGGCGAAGGUGCCAAUCGUGAUCAUAGAGACGAAGAACGGGCUGCUGUGCGACAUAUCAGUGAACACGCUCUACCCCCUGCUGCACACGGAGCUCUUCAAGAGCUACAUCGACGAACACCCGAUGGUGCGCCCGCUGAUGCGUAUAAUAAAGCACUGGCUGCUCGUGCGAGGACUCCCGACGAUGAAGGAGGGCGGGUUCCCGUCGAUACUCUGGAUGUCGCUCUUCUGCAACUCGCUGGACGCAACGAUGGUUAGCGCAGUCAGCAACCUGGAGUUCCUGAGCUCGCACUUUGGACACCAGGCGAGCACGGAUAACGCGGCGCUGAGUAACCUGGAGAACGCAGGAAGCCACAGCGCCGACAGCUCCGACAACGGGACACAGCCUUCCGACUUAGCAGGGGCCGCUCAUCCGAGGAGAAGUACGCCCUUUAACACGGCAAACUACAACUACGCAGCAGCGGCAGCAGCGGGCAUGAGUCUCGGCGCGAACAGCAGUCAGACGAACCACAGCAGUCAGCAGGGCUCGGCGGUGAACCACGUGGGAAGCUACCCGCACGACGGCGGCGCGUACGACGAGUACGAGUACAAGGAGGAGGAAGAGGAAGAGGAGGAGGAGUACGACGAGCUGAACAUGAGUGAGACGUACAGAGAGAUGUUCGCAGGAGAGUGGCCGGGAGGAUGCUCAAUAGGCCAGCUCUGGGAGCGAAUGCAGGGCACCAGAGGAGAGUACGGAAUACUCUGCUCGCUCGAAAAGUGCUUCCUCAACCUGUCGAAGGGACUGAGCGUCAUGGACAUCGUGAGCAGGUUCCCGCACAUCAAGAGCGGAAGCGACUACGGAGGAAUGUCGCUCUUUUGCAAGAACGUUAUUCGCCUGAUCGAGAUGGAGCCGAACGUGCCCUUCGGAACGUGGCUGGUCUACUACUACGAGCUGAACAGAGCGAAGGAGUACAUGUCGAUCUUCUCGAAGCGCCUGGAGAUUCUAGUGACGCUGCUGGCGUUCCUGCGCCUGCUCUGCAACAACGCGAACAGCCUGGAAGACCUGAAGACACUGGCAUCGGGAAUUCAGUACACAUUCGGCUACGACCUCUCGUACCUCUGGACGGGAGCGCCGGCCUCACGCGACUACAACUCGCUCUACGUGAACAAUCAGUACAACCUUAACGUGAGCGUGGGCAGCGAAGGUCUGGCCGUAGGAGUCAUCGGAAUCAACAGCGCAAGCACGUCGGCAGACAGCACGCUGAGCGCGAGCAUGGGCGGCAACGUGGCGCCCGAAAUCGAGAGUGAGAAGGCCGCAGACUCAGCAGGCGGAGGAGUGGCCGCGGCCAAGAGCGGGCUGGAAAACGCAAGUCUGGCGUCGAUCAUGGACGCGUACCUGGCAAACGUGGCCUCGCUGUUUAGAAUACAGCUGCGCUGCGACGACCCGGAGGUCGCAAUUAAGCUGCUGAUCUACCACAUGUUCCAGCACUUCAAGUCGAUCCCGAACGAGAUCUUCGAGCGCGUGCAGGACAACGUCUACUCGAUCCCAGUCUCAAUAGAGCCGCCCUCGCCAAUCGACGAGGUCCCGGACUUCGGGCACAGGUUCGAGUGCGGACUCUGGGACGACUCGGGCUGGUACAUCGUAGUGCUGCAGGAGCGCCUCUGCGUGGUCAAGGUGAUCAAGAUCUGCAUCGAGUGGGAGUUCUGGUGGUCGAAGGACUUCGUGAGCCGCAGGGACACCAGGUCGAUCUUCCACGGCUUCGUAUACAGGCAGCUGCGCCUGGACCUGAAGAAGCAGACAAACUACUCCUCGUUCUCGACCUUCUCAGUCAACUCGCCCUCGAUCCUCGUGAAGCGCGGCAGCCUCGUGCUCUUCAACCCCUGCGACAUCGUGAGCAAGCUGCACGUGCUCAAGGUGGUCAAGCACGAGCAGUACAUCAGCCCCUCGCUCUACAGCACCGACUUCUACACGGGCGUCAAGUGUCUGUACGUGCUCCCGGGCUUCGAGGUAGACCGCUUCAUCUGCUUCGAGCAGAUCGCGCACAAGCUGAAGCACUACGUCGAGUUCAGGCCUCACGUGACCUACUGCAAGCUCUGCGGCAUUGUGAACAUGAAGAAGAUAAACACGUACACCGAGAACAAGAUUCCGCAGCGGAAGCUGCGCAACGCCAAGUACGUGCUCUGCAACCAGAAGUACAACAACAUUUACAACCUAAUGCAAUCGAGACACGCGAAGUGA